AUGAUUCGGAGACUGAGAUGGUUUGCUGGUUUGAAUCAAAGGAAUUUGUCAAACAAAAGGUUGGUCAAUGCUGAUCUACCUGGCCUUUCAAGGCCAGAUCACUUACCUAUGCUUGAUGCUGUUCAUGAAGUUGCAAUUUACAUUCAUAGGUUUCAUAAUCUUGAUCUUUUUGAACAAGGAUGGUACAAAAUUAAGGUUACCAUGAGAUUGGAGGUUGGUGAAGAUUCUUAUCCCGGGAUUCCGGCGAGGGUUGCUCAGUAUGAAGCUCCUGAAGUAGGUUCUGACAAUUUAUGUAGAGUUUGGAUGAUUGAUGAUAUGGACAACAGUUUUUCAACACCGCCAUUCCAGAUUAGAUACGCAAGGCAGGAUGUUUUCCUUUCUAUUAUGAUCUCGUUCUACCUAGCUUUUGGUGAAUAUGACAGAGAAUCUUCUAAUGUUAUCUUGAAGUUUGAACUGAUGCAUGCUCCUAUGACUGCAGCUGGGUCUAAUUUACAAAGUUCGCUGGAUGGAUGUUCUGCUUCAGUUCAUGAAUACAAAAUCCCGCCUAAAGCUCUUUUAGGAUUGCAUUCCUAUUGUCCUGUUUACUUUGAUGCUUUCCAUUCUGUCGUUGUCGAUACAAGUGUUCACAUCAGUCUACUAAAAGCUAGUUACCGCACAACUCGACAGAAGGUACCAAGUGAAUGUAGAGAUUCAGAAGGCACUUAUACUGAAGAUUAUGUUGGGUCAAACAAGGUGAUGCUCAUCAAAGCAUUGAUGGCUGCACAUGAUAUCCUGCUUGAAGAUCUGAGAAGAUUAAGCACCGGCAUUAACCAAGCGAUUGAUUUAGCUGAAAUUGUGUUUGAAUCAGAUGAUACAAAAUGGUUUGAUUCGCCUCUGCCAGCACGUGACGUCAAAAGUAUUGAUGGUGAACAAUCAGUUCAGCUGCUUGAUGGAGAAGAAGUCAGUGUCAAAGAUGGUUCUCAUUAUAUCAAUCAUCUAACCGGGAAAUCAGUUCAACCUUUUUCUUGGGAUGAUCAUCUGUUAAACUCUUUCCAGAGUCUAGCGAAUCAGCUGUUACAUCUCUGGAAUAUAUUUCUGAAAUUCCACAGGGAAAACAAAACAAAAAUACUAGAAUUUCUCCGCAAAUCAUGGGCUACAGAUCGGAGAACUGAAUGGUCAAUAUGGAUGGUGUACUCAAAGGUUGCAAUGCCUCAUCAAUAUUUGCACAACAGAGUUGAGGGGAUAUCAUUGAACCAUGGCUUGCAUAGAAGUUCAUUAAAUAUAAGGAGGCUGAUCGAUGAUCCUAUUCAAACUGCGAUAAUGCGUGCAGAACUUCAUAGGCGAGGUAUAGCGCAAAUGAGGAUCAACAAUCGUUCCCUACAAGACAUGUAUUUAUUUGGAGACCCUUUGCUUGUUCCUAUUAUUAUUGUAGAACGCAUGGCAAAUGUGUACCGUACUGCAAGUCUGGAUUCAAGCUAUAUUUCUAUGGAGAAUGAUGCAAGACAUGUUCUGCUAGGAAAUGGUUCCAGAUCCGCAAAAAAGUGGUCUGGGAGUAGCCAGCAAAAUAGCCAUGUUUUGAGAGUCGUUGUUUUUGUUCAUGGGUUUCAGGGAAAUCAUUUAGAUUUACGGCUAGUUCGUAACCAAUGGCUUUUAAUAGACCCCGAUAUACAGUUUCUAAUGUCGGAGGCGAAUGAAGAAAAAACAUCCGGGGACUUCAGAGAAAUGGGUUUUCGGCUUGCUAAGGAAGUGAUCUCUUUCCUAAAAAAGAAAAUGGAUAAAGCUUCAAGAAGAGGAAACUUGAAAGAUAUCAAGCUUAGCUUUGUUGGUCAUUCUAUUGGUAAUCUCAUUGUCAGAACGGCCUUAGCAGAGAGCAUGAUGGAGCCAUAUCUAAGAUACUUAUAUACCUAUGUGUCGAUAUCGGGUCCACACUUGGGUUAUAUGUACAGUUCAAACUCGCUAUUCAAUUCAGGGCUGUGGCUGUUGAAGAAGUUUAAGGGCACCCAAUGCAUCCAUCAACUGACCUUUACAGAUGAUCCUGAUCUUGAGAAUACUUUCAUCUACAAUCUUUCCAAGGAGAAGACACUGGAAAAUUUUCGGAAUGUGUUUCUUUUGUCCUCACCUCAGGAUGGUUAUGUUCCGUAUCAUUCUGCUAGAAUAGAACUGUGUCCUGCAGCUUCUUCGGAUUUCUCUAAACGAGGGAAAAUCUUCCUACAGAUGCUAAAUAAUUGCUUAGACCAAAUCCGAUCUUUCUCUGACCAUCGCGUGGUCAUGCGCUGUGAUGUCAACUUCAACGCAUCUUCCUACGGAAGGAACCUAAACACACUUAUCGGACGGGCAGCUCAUAUUGAAUUCUUAGAGUCCGACAUUUUUGCAAAGUUCAUAAUGUGGUCUUUCCCAGAGAUGUUUAGAUAA